GCCGUUUGCUGCCAGCGUGCCGCCCGAGCAAUCAGUCGACUGGACAUUUCGCUCACUCUCCUCACUCACUGCUGCUAGCGGUCGCAGCUCGUUCGACACCUCUAAAUCCGGCCGAACACGGUACCCCUCGAUUGUUGCCUCGUGCCACGACUUUUCCACGGACAGAACGAAUCACAAGCGAGGAGCGGGACUAGUCAACUGCUGUGUUUUUAGAGAAGUCGACUACUUGCGGCGUCACACACAUCUUCCUUCCCUCUGCAGCUGCUCAUCCAGAUCUUCAAGUCAAGUGCCACCAGAUCGCGGUCUCAGCUCAGCCUGUGAACACCCCGCGUCCGGCCUUUCGCUACAGCAUCACCCAUUACUUGACUCGCACGAGAACCGGCAAACAUGGCGGAGCGCUACAUACCCGAACACCGCCGCAACAACUUCAAGGCGAAGAGCACGUUCAAGCCUGACGAGCUUCGCCGCCGCCGCGAGGAACAGCAGGUUGAGAUUCGCAAGCAGAAGCGCGAGGAGAACCUCGCCAAGCGACGAGGCAUCGGUGCGGGCGGGGACCGACUGGGAGCGUCGCUCGGCGCUGCUCCUGACAGCGACGAUGAGGGUGCCACGAAUGAGAGUCAGCUGGACGAAGAGCUCCCACAGAUGGUGCGGGGCGUGUUUUCAGAUAAGAUCGAGGAUCAAAUCGCAGCUACCACCAAAUUCCGAAAACUGCUCUCGAAAGAACGCAACCCGCCUAUCGAGCGAGUCAUCGAGAACAACGUCGUCCCGAGAUUCGUCGAAUUCCUUCGCUCCCCACACACGCUUGUUCAGUUCGAGGCAGCCUGGGCCCUGACCAACAUCGCCUCUGGCUCAGCCCAGCAAACACAGGUGGUCAUUGAACACGGAGCAGUACCGAUCUUUGUCGAACUGUUGAGCAGCCCGGAGCCAGAUGUUCGAGAGCAAGCCGUUUGGGCACUGGGAAACAUCGCAGGAGACAGCCCGGCAUGCAGAGAUUUUGUGCUUGCUCAGGGCGCUCUACAGCCACUUGUGCGCCUCCUCGGCGACAGUCGCAAGCUAAGCAUGCUCCGCAACGCAACUUGGACACUCAGCAACUUCUGCCGUGGCAAGACACCACAACCAGACUGGAACACCAUCGCGCCAGCGCUUCCUGUGCUCGCCAAAUUGGUCUAUUCCCUCGACGAUGAGGUCCUCAUUGAUGCGUGCUGGGCUAUUUCCUACCUCAGCGACGGCUCCAACGACAAGAUUCAGGCUGUCAUCGAGGCCAACAUUCCUCGUCGACUAGUCGAGCUGCUCAUGCACGCUUCGACAUCCGUUCAGACUCCGGCUCUCCGUUCAGUGGGCAACAUCGUCACCGGAGAUGACGUUCAGACCCAACUCAUCAUCAACUGCGGAGCUCUGACGGCUCUUCUGUCCCUAUUGAGCAGCACCAAGGACGGCAUUCGCAAGGAGGCAUGUUGGACGAUUUCCAACAUCACAGCUGGUAACAGCACACAGAUCCAAGCUGUGAUCGAUGCGAACAUCAUUCCGCCACUGAUCCACCUUCUGAGCCACGGUGAUUUUAAGACACGCAAAGAGGCUUGCUGGGCGAUCAGCAAUGCUACAAGCGGUGGCCUGCAGAAGCCCGACCAGAUCCGCUACCUUGUUCAACAGGGUGCCAUUCGCCCGCUGUGCGACCUCCUCGCCUGCCCUGACAACAAGAUUAUCCAAGUCGCUCUCGAUGGUUUGGAGAACAUCUUGAAGGUUGGUGACAUGGACAAAGAGGCACAAGACGGUAGCGCGGAGCCACCAGUCAACAAAUACGCGCUGUUUAUUGAGGACUGCGGAGGCAUGGAGAAGAUUCACGACUGCCAGAACAACAGCAACGAGGAGAUCUACAUGAAGGCCUACAACAUCAUUGAGAAGUACUUCUCGGAUGAAGAUGGCGAUGCCGAGGUUAACGAUCUCGCACCUGCUCAGGGCCAGGACGGUCAGUUCGGUUUCGGUGCUCAGCAACAACAGUCGAACUUCAACUUCGCUAACGGUGGCGACGGUGAGAGCAUGGAUAUGUAAGGAUCUCCAAGAACUGCAUCCGAGUCCCUCUCAAGCCACGGCGCAUAGCGUACGGCCUUGGUGUCUUUUGACACAGAGGUCCGUAAUGCAUGACAGCUUCGAGCACUUCAAAUGCAGCGGUAAGUUAGCAGCCGGGACUGUAUGGCCGUCGAAGUCGAUGACCAUGCGUGCAUCCACGGUUGCACCACCCAUCUCCACACGAGCAUGAGCCAGCCUCGAUUCCGCCCAGCACCAUCGUAACACCGCACAAGGCUCCACCUGUCCAUCAUUCAUCAGCAAUGUCGAGUUUUCGACACGCCAACACAACAUCCUUCUUCACUGAUACCCCCCAAAACUGGACCCCUUUGACAUACACGACACCUCUUGGCCAUACACGACAUGCCUUCCUUUUAAUGACACUCGAUGUCAUGGACCUACCAGCUUCGCCGCCCGAAGGCGUUGCGGGUGGCAUCCUUCUUGCGUCAACAUCUCACGCUUAGAGAUUGAAGAGGCAGCAGCACAGCGGACGAGCGCGUUUUAUGAGUGUGGGCAAGCUACGGAAGCUUGGGUGGAGGUGAGGGUGUGGCAUGUUCGCGUUUCGUGUUGAUAGAAAAUCGGAAUGAAAUGCAGCAUUACAGAAGA